AUGACCAACAAGCUCAUGGUCGAUGGCACGGAGAUUCUGGCAGAGAGCGACACAGUAGUCCUCGACAGCGGAACCGUCAACGUCAUCGUCCCAACAGCAGUUGCCCGCAAACUCUUCACCGCUUUGAACAUUCAAAUUGUGGAGCAAACUCUCCCGGGCUGCACCAAUUCCAUAUUCGGUUACUAUCCAUGCGACAAGCCUCCGACAGUCGGUUUUCAGUUCGGAGAUAAAGUGUUCAACAUUGAGUCUUCCCGGUUCCAGCUGGAGGACAACGGCAACAACAAUUGCACAGCGAUCAUCACCGGGAUUGAUGUAACUGAAAAACAUCCGAAUCUGUGGCUUAUUGGACAGGCCUGGAUGCAGGGGAAGUAUGUUGACUUCCGCAAGAAGGACGAUGGGUAUGAGAUUGGGGUGGCGGAUCUGAAAUACCUGCCAAUGGCGUCCACACCAUACCAAUACAACGAUCGAGAAUUCUGGGGACAAAAUGCUCUGCAGCUCGCUUGCUGUGCUGUUCGUGCAGGCCUUGCGCACUUCCCCUUCAACUUCAACCCAAACAUCGACAUUCUAUCAGCCAAUAUCGUCUACUGUUAUCUAAUAAUGGCGACCACCAAGCUCCAAGCACUCCUGCCCAGCAGUGUGUCCGGUCCAAAGCAAGCUCAGGACUCCCAACUCACAUCUCUUGCCCCUGAAUUGCGCAACCGCAUUUACGCUCUCGUGUUCGUCGGCUACAUCAACGACGCUCUGGCCAACGAAAAGGACGCCCGAAGCACCACAGCUGCCACACCAGGUCUGAUCCUGGCCUGCAAACAAUUUCAUCAGGAGGCACUGGGUAUCUUCUACUCUCAUGCCGGGUUCCAAUUCUGCGACCUCUAUCGCUUGAGCUUGUGGAAAGAGAGGAUUGGCAAAGCCCGCACAAAGUUCAUACAUCACGUAAGGGUGCUGAGCUCGUACCUUCAUACGGAUUGGUUCGAUGAAACGGAUGAUGAGAGUUGCACAGCGGGGUACUGCCGAGACAUCGGACAAGCCUCUGAUCUCGAAAUCUGGUAUCGCACAGGAUGGCACCACGACAAGUCCAUCAACCGCAAGUUCUAUCUUUGGACCAGGGACCCACUCGAAGCCGCGGUAGAUUGGAAGAAGUAUCUGGCCAUGCGACGCGUCCACAUUUUCGCAUUGUUCGACAAGGAGAUUGAACGCCUACUAGCGCAGAUCGCACGGAAGGAUCUCCAUCCUUCGUGGAUUCUCGACGUCGAGCACGCCCAUCAUGGCGUUGGCGAGGAUCGAUGGGAUAAAUCGGAAGUGAAGACGUUCUGGUCGACUUCUUGA